AUGAAAUGUGCUUGUGCAUUGACUGACUGUGUCUUUAAUAAAAUCUGUUUCGUUUUCACUUACAGCACUCAACAAUGUCACUUGUAUGUGGAAACAAAUGCCAACCAGUGGCCUAUAGUUUACUCUGAUGACUACAACAUUGGUUUUCUUGGAUUAGAAAGGCUUCACCCUUUUGAUUCUGGGAAAUGGGGAAAAGUUUUUCAGCACCUUAAAGGUAUAAGCAUUAGUUAGGUACAUAGAUUGGUCUUUAAAACAUCCGAUAAUUCUCUUCAGGCAUAUAAUUCAGUCAGAAUCUUAUGGUCUACAUUGUAACUGGUCAUAAUUAUUGUCCGGGUGAGAAGAGAUAUUUCCAGAAACCAAUAAAAAUAGUACAAAUCAAAGACAUAUGAUUUGAUGUCUGUUACUGUUUGGCUUACCACAUCAAACAUUAUUGUCAGGCAAGCUAAAAUUCUCAAAGAUAAUUUUUAAAUAUGUUUUUUUCAUUUUGAUAUAAAUUAUAUUAUUUUUUUGUUGCUGUGUAAAUUAGAAUAUUACGGUAUUAUUAUGGUGGUUUUCAAUCAGUAUUUUAUUUAAAGGUUGCCUGGAAAAAAGUCCCAGUUGAGUUCUGAUUAAUGGCUCGAUUCCUUCCAAGUGAAUGUUGCUUGUGAAUCAAAAGGCGCUUUGAUAUUAGAGCAUAAGUCAUGAAGAGCUUCAAAUUAAUUUGUUCCAUGCACCCCUCUUUAAUAUUGCUGUUGUGGUCUUUAUUUGCAUUUUUUUAAAGUUCCUCCACAGCUUUUGGUUAAACGUAUUUAAACCUAGUUUUAGUCAUCAGACACUUCUAUACCCAAUGUACAGCCAUGUACAUUAAAAAUAAAAUAAUUGAUUAUUUUUUUCUUUUAAAAGGUGUCUGAUCCAUUUUUUGAAUUUUUAAGUGAAAAUUGAACAAAUUUUUGUCAUAGAAGCCAAGAUGGUGAAUGAGGACAGUGUUGUAGUCCCAAGAGAAGCUACUCAAGAGGAUUUAUUGGUUGUACACACCUCAGAUUACUUAGAUAGCUUAAGGGUAAGCAAAGAUGUUAAUCUUAGCACAUCCAAAAAUCUUGAGAAUUGUUCGUUCCUUUAGCCUUAUGACAAGACCAGACACUGUUUAUUGAGAGUUUUGUACAUGUAUCAUACAGAUUUAAACAUUGGCCAUUCUGAAAACCACCUCCAUGAGUCAGUCAACUCUCUCCAAGAUGGACACCUUUGGGACCGGCACUAAGUGUCCGUCUUAGAAAGAUGUCUGUCUAAUAAAGAGUCAAAUAACGGGAAUAAGCAAAGGCCGGGACCAACUCCAGGUGUCCGUUUUACAGAAGUGUCCGUCUUAUAGAGGUCGUCGUUAAGAGAGAGUCGACUGUAGUGCCCCUUAUUUAAAGAUUAUCAAUAUUAAUUGUUUAUUAUUAUUACACUUGUACCAUCCAAAUAACUUGAAGUUACGAAAUUAGUUAAAUGUUACAAUAACUUAAAGUUACACUUGGGUAAUAUUAAGGAUCCCAGACUGUAGCUGUACUAUAAUUUUCUUGCAGCACAGUAGAGUCUAGACCAGAUACCUCAGACCUUCAUUAUGCACUAGCUAGGCUUCUACUGUAUACAGUCCAAAAAUUAAUGCUUGCACAAAAACUUUUUGCAUUUGCAAGCUGGCAAAUUCUUGCGGCUCCUUGCAGGGUGCUUAUGUUUGAAUUCUUCAAGACACAAGAACUUCUUUGCAGUUAUAACUUAGAACUGCAAGAAGUACUAAUAAAUCAGGCCUCUUAAUUUAGAUCCUUUCUUCUCUCUUCUCAGAACCAAGUUGUCUUGGGCUGGACAGAGUUUUCCAUCCCCUAUUUUUAUUAGAACCAACUACUACAUUAUAUAUUCAUGUGAUUAGAACUAACUACUGUUUUUUUUUUGUUGUUUCUUUUUUUGUGUGUGUUUUUUUUUCAUCCUUGCUGAAAAUUUCAUGUGUAAGAAGACAAGCAAGUCAAUCACAGAAAUCCAGAUCAACUAUUUUGACCUGGUCAGAAGUCUGGUGCAUUUCUACUAGUCUCACUAUAUAUGCCAGCCAUGUCUGCACACCAACUUAAAAUGAAUUAGUUGUGAUAUUCAUGUAACUUGAAUAUGCUGUUUUCUUUUGUUAAUAGUGGAGUGCUAAUGUUGCCAUGAUAUGUGAGGUGCCUCCUGUUGCCCUCCUGCCAAACUUCAUUGUGCAAAGGAAGGUUCUUAAGCCCAUGAGAAUACAGACUGGAGGAUCAAUACUGGUACGUGUGUAAAUAAAGCUCCAUUUAAGAGUAGUGUUCAAAUUUUCCUGUGCAUACUGUGAUCUCAGUUGCAGCAGGACUAGCUCAGUCGGUAGAGCACUUGAGUGCAGAGCAGGAGGUCGCAGUUCAAUUCCCAGGACCUGAUCAAUACUCAGGGUCUUAAAAUAACUGAGAAUGCAAAGUACCGCCUUUGCCCUGCAAAUGGCUAGACCUUUGCAUGGACAUAAAGUGGCGGUCCGGUCUCAAGUAGGAGAAAUUGAUAUAGUUACCCCAAUUAGUACUUCUGUGCUAAAAUCCAUUCACAAUCAAAUAAAGUGCAUUUUUUAUGCGUUGUUUUUAUCCAGGUUUUAUCAUAAUAAAUCUUUGCUUGUAAUAAUUUGAUUUUUCCAUUAAAGAAAUAUUGUGUCAUCUCUUUUUUGUUUACAUGCAUCUUUGCAUCUGUUAUGGCUCAUUCAAUUCUCAAUCCAUGUAUUCAACUAUUAUUUCUUAAUUUAUACUACUACCGGAGAAAUUUCUGCAAUUUGAUUGGCUAAGAGCAGUGGUAUUUCAGCUUAAUUUGAAAUACCUACCUGUGAAAGUUACAAACCUUUUGUGGGUAGUACUUAGUAUAAACAAAUAAUAGCAUGAUUUGUACGUGAUAUUUGGCAUAAUUACCACUUGUGAUAUUUCAAAAUUGUCGCAAAUUUCACUCUUGGUAGUUAUGCCAAAUAUCACUACAAAUCAUGUUAUUACCUAUACUCAUUCUAUGAUAAUUUAUUCUUGCAUAGGCAGCCAAACUUGCAGUAGAGAGAGGCUGGGCAAUUAACAUUGGUAAUAUUAUGAAAUAAAACAACUUUAAUUGUGCUAUAUUAUUUGGCUAAUGUGUUUGUUUGUUAAUUUGAGACUGAAGUUUGCAAAAUAAUUUUGGUGUUAUACAGAGUGGAAGCUCUACUUGUGAGCUGACACUAAAGUGCCCGUACUGUAACUGGAGCUGGCCACUUACGGGAAUGUAAAAAUACAGAGUUUGUAUUGGAGUUGUCAAGAAAGAUGGGGUUUUGUGAAGGUGGCCAGAAGUAGAGCUUUCCACUAAUGAGAGUGUCCAUAAGGAGAGCUUCCAGGGCAGAGUGUGCAAGAAGUUAUUUAUAUUAUCUAAUUCAGCUUUAGUCUACGAUUAGAAUUUUAAAGCUUUAUAAACUUUAGCUCUAUGUGGCUGAGACCAGGUUAUGUUUAGCCGUAUACGCUGUAUUUUGCAACUCUGUUCCAGAGAAGGCACCCAAAACCUCUAACCUUAUUUUAGACUAGCAAUAAACCAGGAAAUCUAUUUAUUUGUCUGUGAUAUGUGUGAGAUAAUUUAAUACAUGUAUACAUGUAGACUAAUUUUUGUUACCUGUUAACUGUGAAGGCUAGAUCACUCAGAGCUUUUUUGCUAUGGUACAGGUGGAGGAUUCCAUCAUUGUUCUGGAUCAAAGGGUGGAGGCUUCUGUGCUUAUGCUGACAUCACAUUGGCAAUCAAGGUAAAGUUACUUACCGCAGUAAUUACUGGUAUAUAAAAAAAGGGUAAAAGCUAAUUAGCCAGCAAUUCAGUAACAAAGUUCAAAGCUAGCAUUUUUCAAUUUUGUCUUUCAAAACUUGAGACCUCCUUAUAACUCUCCAUUGUUGUAAUCUGUAAUGUUGUGAUCUUCCCUUGUCUUAUCUUGAGGGAGUUAUGAUCAUACUGUGGCUGUAGAAAGUUCUGUUUGUGUCUCCUUCUCACCACUCCACCCCCCCCCCCCCCCCCCCCCCCGCCCCAAUUACACUUUUCUUUUUUUUUGGUUAUUCAUCAUUGCAAUUGUUGUAGUGAAUGCAUUUAACUAACUUAAACUAAACAGAAAAAAAAACAAUAAAAGAGAGUUACUUUUAUACAGCAGGUGUGGAUAAGAAAGCAUUACUUCUUAAAUAACACAAACCACAAUAAAUGUGAGUUACUUACAGUACUACAGCACAAUUAAUAACAUGUUGGUAGGUGCCGAACUUUUGUAAAAAGAAUAUAGUUUUGGCACCAAAAAAGGCAAUUUACAAUUUUCUAUGAACAAAUAUUCAAAACAUGCCCUGUUUUUAGCAUUAAUAGGAUAGCAUUUUUUGAAAAACGGAAAAGGCACUGGUGAAGAUGGUCCCAACAGUCUUCUUCUUCUUGACUUUCAGUUCCUUUUCAAACACAUUGAUGUUGUGUCAAAAGCCAUGAUUAUUGAUCUGGAUGCACACCAGGUGACAAUUAUAUUCUUUUGUCAAACAAUCAAACACUGUAGUGUAUGUAGUAACUUCAUAGUAGUCUUUUACACGUGUGAUCUAUAUCAAGGCAAAUGCAAACGCAAAGGCAAGCACCAACACAAAUAAUGGAAAAAGUUUCAUAAUAAUUGUACUUGCAUUUACAUUUCAAACCUGUGAACUGAGGCAACGCAGACACAAAUGCAAAUGCACUGCAGCAAGAUUAGCUCAGUCAGUAGAGCACUUGACUGCAGAGCAGAAGGUUGCGGGUGCCAUUCAUGGGGCCAAUACUGAGGGUUUUAAAAUAACUGAGAAAUGAAGGUACUCCCUUUGCAGUGCAAGUGGCUAGACCUUCACAUGGCUUGGAUGCCCACGUAAAAUGGUCCCGUGUCCAGUUGGAGACGUACUUUUGUCCUAAAUACAUGGACACUCAAAUAAAGUGCAUUUUAUUUAGGAUAAAAAAAAAACGGUUCCUUCGGUUUCAUGCCACCUUGGUGCAGCAAGGUUGGAAGCAAGAUGGAUUUAUGGGAAAACUAUUGCGUUAUUUUGCAAAGUUAUUAUUUUUAUAAAGAUUGGUUUUUGCUGUAGUUGUAAUCAGAAGUGCAUUUAUUAAAGUGAUAUAAUUUAAAAGUGUGAGUUAUUUGUUAUUAUUAAAGAGCUCAUGGAAAAGUUGUUAUAUUCAAUAAGGCGAAUACCCCCAAAAAACCUUAGGGCCUACAACAAAACCCCUGCCAAAAAUCCCUAGAUUGAAAAUUAACCCCCAAAAAAUCCCUUGCUGAAUUUCUGAGCCUUAAAAAUUUCCAGAAGACAUUCAAAUGGUAUAACAGAAAAUAAAGUUUUCAAAAACAGGUUUGGUUGUACUCGGCGCUACAACACAAAUCUUCAGAUUGUUUUGAAUACCCAAAAAAAUCCUCACUUAAAUCAAUCCACCCAAAAAAAUAGUUCCCAAAAUUUCCUUCCCCCAAAAAAUUCUCCAAUCAUCCCUGUCACUUGAAAUCCAGAGUACCCCUCCUGGGGGCAGCAGUCCCCAUUAUCUUUCAAAUAAUUUAUGUGCUGUCCAUAUCAAGUAACCAGGGUUACAUGUAAAGUUAUUGAUUUUUAAUAUUUUUGAAUAUUAAUAUUAACAAAUGUAAUGUAUUAUUAUACUCUUUUUUUACUCUGAAAAAACUCAUCCUGUACCAGGGGAAUGGUCAUGAAGCUGAUUUUGACAAGGAUGAACAAGUGUUUAUUAUGGAUGUCUAUAAUGCUUACAUCUAUCCAAGAGAUAUGAAAGUUAAAAGUGAGUCUGUCAAAUCAAGUCAAGUUCCCCCAACAAAAAAAUAAUAAACGACUUUAUUUAUUAAAGUCAACCACCAAAUUACAAACACAGAGGGGACCAUGGACAUUGUCCCGUUAACUUUGGAAAGUUUAAUUUGUGAUCACGAUACCUGUACAGCAAGGACUAAUUGAUUUGCAGUUUUCAAUUAACCUAUUCACGAUUUGACUGUAAUUUUGUUGAGUAUUAUUCACUGUAACAAAAAGGUAUGAUAAAUUUUUAUUAGUUAAGCAAUUUUACUUGUAAUUACUUAUGGCAGUAAAAUGCCUUUGAUAAUAUUUUUGGUUACAAAUUUUUGGUGGGCGGACCUCCUUAUUUUUUUUGGUUUGCGGUUUUCCUUAAAUCUAAGAAGAGUAGACAUAAUUUUGCAUGCAACUAAGUCCUUUAUUGAAAAUUUUUAAUUGUGUUAAUUGGUAGUUAACUAACAGAAAGAAAUCUUUUCAGGUGCAAUAAAGAAGAAUAUAGAGUUAUGGCAUGGCACAGAUGAUAAAACAUACUUGCCUCUGUUACGGAAGUGAGUAUAAUCAUUUUUCUCUUAUUGCUCUUAAGCACAGAAUCAUACAUGUACAUCAGACAGUCACUUAUAUUAAGUUAAUUAUGUCGAAAUAUGUUGCUGUGGAUGUAACAAUAAUUGAGAAUGCAUUUAAAAAAUUUAAUAUUUAAUAAAAUAAAAUAAAUAAUAUUAAUUGUGAAUGUUGCCAUUCCUUGUUCAUUUCAGGCAUAUACCUGAAGCACUGGACAAUUUUAAACCUGAUAUUAUAGCAUACAAUGCUGGUGAGUGCUUCUACAUUGAAUAAUUUGAGAGGCAAAACUCUGUUCUGAAAGUCAAGCUCACUGGUAAUUUUUCUCAGUCUUUCAUGAUGUCUGAUGCAUACUCUUUGUCUAUGCUCAUAGUAAAUGGAUUUUUGCAACAAAAGGCAAGAUUGAGACAACAUUAACAUUACUGGUGCUAGGAUCAGAAAUUAUCAACCCUGCCUCCAUUCCGUAGAACUCAUUACUUGAUGAUGUUUUGAUGGCCCUCUUAUAGAUAACAGCAUGAACUGAAUUAAAAUUCCACAACAAAUAUCUCUACAGUCAUUAAAAGCUCUCCGUGCGACCACCUUCGUAAGCGAGCAGCUCUAGUUACGACCACGUCACCUUUGUUAAACCCCGUUUGAAGUGUGACUUAAACUUUGUGAUGAAAAGCACUUGUAAGCGAAUGUGACUACUUUUGGGAUUACCCAACUGGACUUUUCCUUUGUUUUUAAGCCCUCAUUUAAGUGACCACUCAUGGAUAUAAAUCAACACUAAUAUUUAGAUUUGGUGAUAUUUUGGUCUAAAAAAUUGGACAUAAAGUUUAGUCUCGUUUAUAUAACCAGAUAUAAAGACACUCAUUAAACAUUUAUUUCUUUUGUUUUUUCUUUAUGAAUUUUUAAUGAGUUUCUGAAGCUCUCGUAAGCAACCAUUCUCUACUAUUGUUUUACUAUGCGGUCGCUUAUAAGAGCUCAUUUUCAUUAGCAACCAGCUCUAGUUUUGACCAAUUUCCGAGGUGGUUACCCUUAAUAGUUGGUGACUUUUCAUUGUGCACUUUUACCUGUCGAUAACAACUGUACCCUUGGCAUUAAAAUGUAAGCAGUAACGGUUUAAACAUACAUUGUACAGUGUACAUAUGCCAUGGAUCCCUUCUUUUUUUCUUUACAGGAACUGAUGUUCUUGAAGGUGACCCUUUGGGAAAUUUGUCAAUAACACCUCAGGUAUGCUUUGUUUUUUCAAUAAUCUUCUACAUUUAGAUGAUUCUAUCCUUUUUUAAUAAUACAUAUAUCAUCAUUCUGCUUUACUCUUCAUGCCUGUCAUGGUCAAACAUUCAUUGGAAGUAUCGCUGCACUAUCCACUCGAUAAAUAUUUUUUUAGUCUAUCUGGUAAAUUGCUCUGGUCUAGUGUCCCAGUACCUUUCAUAUAAAAGUAGUAGUGAGAAGUUGUUGAAGUAUCAGCUUAUUAUAUCUUGUGUGAUAAUGUCCUUAAUUCUCAUCACCAAUCUGUUUUAUAAAGCAUUGAUAUCACAAGGAGAAUUUUGAUACUGAUCAAUCUUAGGGAUUAAAGGGUUAAAUAGCUUCAUUUAGGCUGAUGCAGUGUUAAAUGCAAAAACAACUGAAGCACUAACCAGCACUUACACAGAGGAAGUUACUGGAGUGUUGUUUUCACUUUCUCAAAUAAGGGAAUUAUAGAAAGAGAUCAGAUUGUAUUUCAAGAGGCUCGGAAAAGGAACAUACCAAUCUUCAUGUUGACUUCAGGAGGAUAUCAGGUAAUUAAUGUUGUUGAUUUCUGUCAAAAAUAGUAAUUUGUUGCUUUGCAGAUUUAUAUGGCAAAAGUCUUGUACAAAUUGGUUGACUUUAAGUGUGAUCAAUAUAGAUCUUUUUCUUACAUAUGUAUUUAUUUGUUUGUAAGCGUUGAAAAAAAGGGGCAAAACAACAAGUUUUCAAAAAUUUAUUCACUGAAAACUCUGUAAGUGCUAUUUCAUUUUGAUCCCUUUUUCAGUGUUUUUUUUUUUCCCCAAGAUUUUCCAGAAACGUUUUGCAUGAAUAGUAAGUGAUAACAUUUUUGUUGUCUCCAAAUUUUGAAAGUUUUGGCAGGUGGUUUAUGUUUCCUUUCUUGUUUGUUUUAAUAAUAAAACUCAUCACAGAGACGGACAGCCAGGAUCAUUGCAGACUCAAUCCUUAACUUGCAAAAAGAGGGACUGAUUUCCUGUAAUUAUUCAGACUCAGGUGAGUUUGUAAACUGCAAAUAAACCAUUCAACCUUUGUUGUUUCUGUAACAACAGAUGUGCUGUGCUGAGGCUUGCAUGAUCCAAUGCAAGGAUUAGCAAGGCACUCAGUACCCAGCCUUCUGUGCAGGAGAGGUUGAGUGUAAUUCCUAGAGGUCACCUUAAAUUCUCAUUUCAGAUUUUUUUAAAACAAUUUUCUUUACCGUGUAGCUUUACGUAGCUUUAAAUACUUGUAAAAGAGGUUCUGUUGAAGAGUGUGGGAGGGCAGAGAGGGGCUGUUUAAAAUAAUAAGCGCACUGUCAGCCUCAAGUUGUGUACCGGCUUGAGUUACCGUGGUAAAAAUUAAUAGUGACCUUUACCUGAAUUGUUUAUGGCCCAUUUCCUGGCAGGAAUGUUAUUUCAAGAGAAGAGUACACAAAUAAAUUCAGAAAAAGCCUAAAAGUGGAGGUCCUGUUAACUUCAAACCAUUCACUGGGCAAGAAAACUAAGUCGAUCUGACUUGGUCUUGUGGAAACUAUUGUUGUUUAGAUAUUGUUCUGUGAUGUGGGUAUUAUUCAGUGUCUUUUCAUUCUUUUUUAUUACGUCAUUAAUGGUGAUUGCACCCAUCCUCAAAACCAAGACACUACCAGAUUAAUGGCUAAAUACACACUUCAUUCUAUCCAUUUUUUGGAAGCCUCCCUGGGUGGAGGACACAGAAAGGGGCUGUGUGGAGAGAAGAAAUUAGCCUCUGAGCAAGUUGUGGGAUGCUCCCAGGGGAACUGAAGGUGGAAUUCAAGUUUCAGAGACGUAAUUACAAGCUCUCCUUCCUUUUCCUGUCCCAGAGAGCUUUUCUCACGGGCUAAGAAGAAAUGGGAAGAGGCCCCCUUCCCCUCCCUUCUCAUUGUGGAUUUUGUCUUAUUUUCUGUCUAUUCAUGUUCAUCAGGACCAAGAGGAAACAGAUGCAAGAGUGACAAUAAGCAAACAACAUACAACACUUUCCAUCAUAAUCUGUAA